CAUUUAAUAGAGAUUUUAUACACAUAAAAAUGACAAAAGACCUCGAGAAAUUUGAUGUUGUGUUGUUGUCUAUGGCGCAACAACACGAAGGUGGAGUUGAAGAUUUCUUAGAUACAAUAUUCAAUUUUCUGGCAAGAAAAACAGACUUUUAUACUGGAGCAGGAGAAGGUGUUGCAGAGAAACUUGUUAAGACCUUAUUUAAGAAAUACGAAGCCACAGCCAUAAGUAAAGCCACCACAGAUAAAGCAAGACGUGCGGAACAGGAGUUAAAAAGAAAAGAAAAAUUAGAACAAAAGAAAAAAGAAGAGCAAAACGCAGAUGCUAUUUUAAAUAGUGAUUCACAAAUUGUUGAGUUAACGGAUGAAGAGGCUGACAAACUCCAGAAGGAGUUAGACAGGAAAAAAUCGACAGAAAAUACAUCCGAACCUGUUAAUAAUGACAGUAAACAAGAUAAUGUUCAAAUGGAAUAUGAUGAUGAGGAACAAGAAAAAAAUAAACUAAAACCUAAUAGUGGAAAUGGUGCAGAUUUACAAAAUUAUAGAUGGACACAGACUCUUCAAGAAGUUGAGUUGAGAGUGCCGCUUAAAGUGAGCUUUAGCGCGCGACCAAAGGAUGUUCAAGUUUCGAUAACAAAGAAGCACUUAAGGUGCGGCGUGAAAGGCCAACCGCCUAUUAUAGAUGGCGAAUUCCCGCAUGAAGUUAAACUUGAAGAGUCGACAUGGGUUAUCGAGGAUGGAAAAGUUCUCCUUAUUAAUUUGGAAAAGAUAAACAAGAUGCAAUGGUGGGCAAAUGUUGUAACAAGUGAUCCCGAAAUUAGUACGAAAAAAGUUAAUCCAGAGCCAAGUAAGCUUUCUGAUCUUGAUGGCGAAACUCGAGGUCUCGUUGAGAAAAUGAUGUACGAUCAGCGCCAGAAGGAGCUUGGACUGCCCACAUCAGAUGAACAAAAGAAACAAGACGUUAUCAAAAAAUUCAUGGAGCAACAUCCCGAAAUGGAUUUUUCAAAAUGUAAAUUUAAUUAAAAAGUAUAUUUCAAAACAUUCGCCCAA